CCCAAAAAAACGACACACCUCAAAUGCAUCAAAACUCGCGUCACUAAAUCCACUAACCAUUUUCAAAAGAACCCCCAUUUUUCAAGAAAAUGCGGUUGUACAAUUCGCGGAUUCUAAAUCCCCACCAAUCGAUAUUUAUUCUGGUUCUACAGUGUCUGAUCACAAUCGUCACAUCACAUCAAGAAGUUCUCUUCGACUUGUCCAAAGUUGGAUCGGAUCUAAAAUGGGACCAAGUCUCGCUGCGACACGAUCGAGACGAUGUGUGGAUGGAAGAAACUUGGCGAAAUCCAGCGGCGACAGACGAGAAGCACGCCAAUCAGAGAGCCUACGUCACGUGUAAUUAUGAUAUGAUAAAUCCGAGCAAUUGGUUGUUCAGUCAUUUUAUCGAGGUUAAAACUGCGAGGAGAAUCUACAUCGAACUGCUCUUCAACACACGUGACUGUGAUGCCUACUUGAAUCCCAAAUCCUGUAAAGAAACAUUCUCCGUGUACCUGAAACAAUUCAAAACGUCUCGACCCGGAUCUACAAAAAUCGAGAAGGAACGAUUUUCGGAGGAUAUCGAUAAUUGGAAGAAUAUUGGACGGUUGGCUCGAAGUAAUUCAAAUAUGACGACUGAAACUCUUGGAAUGGAAAUCGACUCGGACACGAAAACGAUUAGAAUUGCAUUCGAAGAGCAAGGAAUUUGUCUUUCACUUUUAAAUGUCAAGAUUUACUACCGAAUAUGCGACGAAUUCACCGAUCAACUUGUCUACUUCCGACCACAAGUUACCGGGCCAAAAGAGACUGAUAUGGUCCGAAUGAAUGGUUCGUGUAUUCCGAAUGCGUCGAAAAAGAUCCCGGGAGUCGAUUUGAUCGGAUUGUGUAUGUCGACUGGAAGUGGUAUCAAAACGUCUGGCGAGUGCGUUUGUGAUAGUGGAUAUUCUCAAAUUGCCGAUUCGAAUGGAGCUCGGUGUGAGAGCUGUCCAACGAACACGUACAAACCAAAAGGCCAAUCCCUUUGCAAAUCGUGUCCAUCCAAUUCGAUAUCUUCGGAAGCUGCCAGCUCUUGUCGCUGUCUUAAUGGUUAUUUCAGAGCAGAAGAUGAGCUCAUUUCGAUGCCAUGCACUCAACCACCAUCCCGACCGAUAAAACUAGUGGCCAACGCGAUCACCGCCACGUCGACCCGUCUCUCUUGGAAUGAGCCGAGCAGUCUGGGAGGUCGCCCAGAAAUUUGGUAUGAAGUGAAAUGUUCGGGACGAGGAGAGUGUGGAACAGUAGUUAUGACACCUGGUGAUAAGAAACUAUCGACAAGAUCUGUGCAAAUCAAUGGGCUCAGACCAUCAUCCGACUACACUUUUUUGGUGUUCGCCAAGAAUAAGGUGUCUGCUCAGUUUCCCGAGUUUAGUGAGAAGAAUGCGGUUAUUGAUAUCAGAACACGAUCAGAAGAGGAAGAUGUUCCACCUGUGUCACAUUUAAGAGUUGAUGCUUCUCAAUCCGAUGGAAUCACCAUCGCCUGGAGUGUUUCGGAUUCUGAUGUUUCGGAUUUUGAAGUGGAAGUUCGUCCGGCAAUUGUGAAGAAGAGAACUUUCGAAACUCGACAUGUUAACAUGACAUAUACCACUUUUAUUGGAUUAAAUCCAGAAACGGUAUAUCAAUUCCGAGUACGAAUUCGAGAUGAUCUUCGUUGGAGUCAACCGAUCAGUUAUCAACUUGGACGAGGAUUGAUGAGCUCUCCGUCGUCGAAUGAAGUCGAAGAAUCUCAGUUUUUGAAUCAAACUGGAUCUGCACUUUUAAUCAUUAUAGCUUUGAUACUUAUUGUCAUUGCAGUUGCUCUUUGUAUGAUUGUGGUGCAGAAAAAGUCGAAGAAUCGGAAACAGAUGAGCGAUUUGGAUGUUUUGGACACUUAUAAACAAGAUUCAAUGACACCUGACUAUCAUACAACAUCUCGACAUCAUCAUCAUCAGGGAAAUCUACCGGCUACUCUGCACGAACAACUUCGAUCGACUACAAAGUUGAAUGCUCCACUAAUUCCAUCAUUUGGAUCUCCAAUCUCCCAACCACCACCAUACUACGGUGGAGUACAUCCGAAUAGUGGAAAAUAUAAGACAUAUGUGGAUCCAACAACAUAUGAAGAUCCAUAUCAAGCACUCAUCGAAUUCACAUUCGACAUUUCACCAAACGACGUCUUCAUUACUCAGGUUAUUGGUGGAGGAGAAUUCGGCGAUGUCUGCCUGGGUGGUCUGUCGAAAAACUCGCCUGCGGCCGCGAAAUGGAGUGUUUCAAAUACAACAAUGGGACGAGGAGGAGGUGGUGGAGGAUACGAAUCAGAACCAUAUGAGACGGUUGCCAUCAAAACUCUGAAAUCUGGAAGCAGUGCGAAAGCGAAAGCCGAAUUUUUGACGGAAGCAACCAUCAUGGGACAAUUCUCACAUCCAAAUGUGAUUCGGCUCAUUGGAGUUGUGACGUCAGCGGAGCCAGUGAUGAUUGUGGCCGAGUACAUGGCAAAUGGAUCUUUGGAUCAAUUCCUUCGGAAUACGGAUCAACGAGGAGAGAAGGUUCAUUGGGAGAAGAUCACUGAAAUGUUGUAUGGAAUUGCUUCUGGAAUGAAGUAUUUGACAGAUAUGGGAUAUGUGCACAGAGAUCUCGCCGCCCGAAACGUUCUUCUCGACAUGGAGCUUCGCUGCAAAAUCGCUGAUUUUGGACUUUCCCGUGGUGUCAGAAGUGAAGGAUCUUCUGUCGAACCCGAAUACACUACAAAUGGCGGAAAGAUUCCAGUCAGAUGGACUGCUCCAGAAGCAAUUACCCAUCGAAAGUUCACUCCAUCCUCUGAUGUCUGGUCGUUCGGAGUUGUGAUCUGGGAAGUGUGUUCAUUCGGUGAACGACCAUAUUGGGAUUGGACGAAUCAGAAGGUGAUCAGCGAAGUGAUGAUCGGCUAUCGACUACCACCACCGAUGGAUUGUCCGAUGGGAUUGUAUCGGAUCGCCCAGUGGUGUUGGAAGAUGGAGCGACACGAGCGUCCGACGUUCACACAGCUUCUCGCCACAUUCCACAAGUACAUCCUGCAGCCGACACUUAUUGAGCAUGAUCCUGGAGAGCUUCCGCGACGGGUUCAGAGUCAAUCUGCCCUGAAUACCUAUGGAUCUGUGAAUGUCGGAGUAGUUCCAACCCCACCAUCGUCGGCUGCUCCGAUGCCAUCGCUCGACGAUUUUCUCCGUCAAAUUGGCCUAAAUCAUGUCUACGGACAACUCGUGUCGAAUAACAUUCACUCUGUGAGUGACUUGGCCAACACGUCUCACUUGGAUCUUCUUGCCUAUGGUCUCAUGUCCGCGGAGUGCUCGACCGUUCGGGAUGGACUCAACGGACGCAUCAGUGGCUCACCACCGGGCUCUUCUGGAACAAUCCACGCGACGACACGUGGAACAAGAACGACGAGACCGCCUCGAGAAGAGGGAUUCUUUGUUUAGAAGCAUCUGAUUCCUAGUUGUUUCAAAACCUUUUUAGGACUGUUUGUAUGUGUAAAUUUCGUUUUUCUUUCCCCCAAAAAAAUUCCAAAAUCAAUCCGAUGAUAUGUGCAUUUUCAAAACUGUUAUGGGUAGCCGAUUCGAUAUUAUGUUUUCCUCUGUGUCUUUAAAUCCUUUUUUUCUGCAUUUUUCCCCCUAAUGUUCCCCUCUCCCCGAUGAUAUGAUCUACUCAACAAAUUUAGUAUUUUAGCAACGAUUUGUAAGCCUCCACCCUCCUGACAUUGCUUUUCAGAAAGUUUUACUGGUACACACACACACUUUUUCAAUUUUUUUGCGCAUUUUCCCCCUCUCCCAUCAUUUUCUGUGAUACCCUGCUCACUGUGUUUUGCGGGCGAUUUCUUGUUCGUUUUUUUUGGCAAACUUGGAACAAAUUGCUUGAAAAUAAAAUUUAAUUAAACCUG